UUUUGUCUCUUUUUGGAGCUUUUUCUACUGUUUCUUUCCAAUGACGUUGCUGGACGUGCUUCUUCACCCGUGGUCGCUGCAAGUCGCCGGCCUGGUGACGAUUCUCGGCGUCUUCAAGUUCUGCGAGAGUCGUGCUGCGAUGCGUGGCUGCCACCGCCGUGCAAUGCCUCCAAUGGUCGACAAGGCGCUCCGCGUCGUCUUCUUCACCAUUCUCGUUGGCCCGUUCGCAUGGUUUAUGGACACCACCGUCCUGCCCUUCCCGAUCGUCAUCCCGUCGUGCAUUUUGUACCUCUUCACAUACACGGAUUUGUGCGAGCAGUCCGGCGGCCGCAAACCCGUCGCUCGCAAGUGGCCUGUAUUCGAGCUGCUCCGAAAAUACUUUAGCGUCUCCAUCGUCAAGACCGCAGACCUCGAUCCCAAGAAGCAAUACAUUUUUGGCUGCCAUCCGCAUGGCAUUUUGCCUUUCGGCACGAUGGUGGGCAUGGGCUACCAGUUCCCUGGCGGUUUUGCCGAUCUGUUUCCUGGCGUCGACUAUCGCGUUCUGGCAGCGACGUUCUGCUUUUAUCUCCCCCUCUACCGCGACCUCCUGCUCGCCAGUGGUGUGGUGGACGCAGCUCGCUACUCUGCUCACAAGAUCAUGCGUAAUGGCUACUCCAUCACGCUUGUCCCUGGCGGAGCAACUGAAGCACUGUACGCCAACCCAGACAAGGACGUGGUGGUGCUGAAAAAGCGACGCGGUUUCGUUCGCCUUGCCCUGGAGCACGGCGCGUCUCUGGUCCCUGUUUUCGGCUUUAACGAAAACAACACGUUCAAGCAAAUGGCAUCAGACAACAAGACCAUGCACGCAUUGAAGAAGCAAUUCCAGAGCAUCUUUGGCAUUUCGCUGCCUCUGAUCACCAACAUCAUUCCUCGUCGAACCAAGGUCACGGUGGUCGUCGGUCGGCCGAUCGAGGUUCCCAAGUCGCCCGAGCCCAGCGAUGAGCAGGUUCAAAAGUACCUCGAUCUGUACAUUGAAGGGCUCAAGCAGCUGUACCGGGAAAACAAGGACAAGUACAAUGAGCCGAGCACCAAGCCAGACCUUGAAGUGCUUUAAUUUUGUUGUUCUUAAUGCUGUUUGAAUGUUUUUGCGCUUUUGUUCCAAUUCACUCGAUUUCGCACCCAAAGUACAGUGUUCGUUACAGGACA